UGUCGGCGGGGUGAGUUGUGUCGCUCCGUUCUGCUCGUCGGCCUCACUGCGCCUGCGCGGCCAUGGCCUCCAACGAGUACACCCAGUCAGCCACACAGAGCUAUGGAUCUUAUUCCACCCAGCCUGGGCAGGGCUACUCGCAGCAGAGCAGUCAGCCUUAUGGCCAGCAGAGUUACAGUGGCUACGGCCAAUCGACUGACACUUCGGGCUAUGGCCAGAGCAGCUACAGUUCCUCCUACGGACAGACGCAGAACAGUUACAGCACUCCGUCGACUCCCCAGGGAUACGGUUCAUCCGGCGGCUACGGCAGCAGCCAGAGUUCCCAGUCCUCCUAUGGCCAGCAGUCCUCCUACCCUGGGUAUGGCCAGCCGUCUGCCUCCAGCAGCUCUUCAGGCGGUUAUGGCAGCAGUUCUCAAAGCAGCAGCAGCAGUUACGGGCAGCCCCAAAGUGGAGGCUACGGGCAGCAGUCUGGGUACGGCGGGCAGCAACAGCAGCAGCAGAGCUCCUACGGGCAGCAGCAGAGCUCCUACAACCCCCCUCAGGGCUACGGCCAGCAGAGCCAAUAUAACAGCAGCAGCGGAGGGGGCAGUAGCAGCGGAGGGAGUGGUGGAGCAGGUAACUACGGCCAAGACCAGUCGUCCAUGAGUGGCGGAGGUGGUGGCGGUGGCUACGGCAGUCAGGACCAGAGCGGAGGGGGCGGUGGCUACGGAGGAGGCCAGCAGGACCGGGGGGGAAGAGGCAGAGGCGGCAGUGGCGGCGGCGGCGGCUAUAAUCGCAGCAGUGGUGGCUACGAGCCCAGAGGCCGUGGAGGUGGCCGUGGAGGCCGAGGCGGCAUGGGCGGAAGUGACCGUGGUGGCUUCAAUAAAUUUGGUGGGCCCCGGGACCAAGGAUCACGCCACGACUCCGAACAGGAUAACUCUGAUAACAACACCAUCUUCGUCCAAGGCUUGGGUGAGAAUGUCACUAUCGAGUCUGUAGCUGACUACUUCAAGCAGAUUGGCAUAAUCAAGACCAACAAGAAAACAGGCCAGCCCAUGAUCAACCUGUACACCGACCGAGAGACAGGCAAGCUGAAGGGAGAGGCAACCGUUUCGUUUGACGAUCCCCCAUCGGCCAAGGCCGCCAUCGACUGGUUUGAUGGUAAAGAGUUCUCCGGGAAUCACAUCAAAGUCUCCUUUGCCACUCGCCGAGCCGACUUCAACCGGGGUGGCGGAAAUGGGCGAGGGGGACGAGGACGUGGAGGGCCCAUGGGCCGGGGCGGCUACGGAGGCGGGGGUGGCGGCGGCGGCAGCCGAGGGGGCUUCCCCAGCGGAGGUGGAGGUGGUGGAGGGCAGCAGCGGGCCGGAGAUUGGAAGUGCCCAAAUCCCACAUGCGAGAACAUGAACUUCUCCUGGAGGAAUGAGUGUAACCAGUGUAAGGCACCGAAACCAGAUGGACCAGGAGGCGGGCCUGGAGGUUCCCAUAUGGGGGGCAAUUUUGGAGAGGAGCGCCGAGGUGGCAGAGGCGGUUACGACCGAGGCGGGUAUCGGGGCCGUGGCGGGGACCGAGGAGGCUUCCGAGGACGGGGCGGCGGAGACCGAGGUGGCUUUGGGCCUGGCAAAAUGGACUCCAGGGGUGAUCACAGACAAGAUCGUCGUGAAAGACCUUAUUAGACUGGCUGUGACUCAUUGGACCAUCUUUAUCCUGCCCCUGACUGUUCUCAUUAUUUUGUAACCCCCUCCCUUCUCAUCCCAACCCCUCUCUUGUUUUUGUGUCGGACUUCGUUAUUGUAACUUGCCGCUCCCUCCCCCGCCGAUCCCCAUUAAACACCUUUGUUUUAGUUAC